AUGCCGUUCAAGAGAUACGUGGAGAUCAGGAGGGUAGCUCUCGUCAACUAUGGCAAAAACUAUGGGAAGCUCGGUGUCUUCGUCGAUGUCAUCGACCAAAAUCGAGCUACAAUCGAGACCCCUAAUAUGGUUUGGAGCCAAAUGAACUUCAAGAGUUCCCUCACUGUCAUCAGACGAUGCCCUCAUAAAUCUCUAGCCACCGAAAUUGUCCAUUUUCAAGAGAUGGAUAAAGAAAACAUUCGAAAAAAGAUCAAGGUGGUUGUCGUGAGAAGAAUUCUUGCUGGAAAAGUCAAGAAUGGGAAAGUAAUACAUUGA